AUGGAUCAAAAACGCCCCGGCAAGCCAGACGCAACAUCUCGAUGUCUCUCGGUCUCGUGUGGACAUCCGGCUGGAUACAGAUUGGCAUCCUGUGGAAAAUGGAGUAUCUUCCUCAAAACAGAAGUCUCAUUCCGACCGUCUCAGGAUAACUGCACCAUCCCCCAUGCGACCACAACAAAAGAUGACAAGACAUGCUCUAUCACAUUCUUCUUCCAAUCGUAUCCCGAGACCGCAUCAUCAUCAAAGGCUCAGAUGCGCAUUGAGAAUCAAGGCUUUACUUGGCUAGCAACCGAUGAUAACGCCAUUCCUGAACCCUAUACCGGUCGCCUUCGGCCCCUUGUUGCAAACCUCUCUUUAUUUCAAAGGUGGAAAGAGGCGUGCCAAAAUAUUCAUGGAAGCAAAUGCUCUCAGAUCUUCAGAGGAACGCCAAAGAUCUCCCCUCGAGUCAUUGACGUCCAUCAGAGGUGUCUGGUGCAGGCAAGAGAGAUAGAUACCUGGGUUUGCCUGAGCUACGUCUGGGGGACCACAAACACCACUCGCCUGCUCCAAAGCAAUCUUCACACCCUCCUCACCCCUGGGUCACUUAGUGCUACCGUACUGCCGCCUAUCGUCGAGGAUGCUCUCCAAGUCACUCGAGGCUUGGGCGAGCAGUACCUUUGGGUCGACAGCUUGUGCAUUAUGCAAGACCAUGCGGCGGAUAAGACAAAGUUUGUGUCACAGAUGGAUUCUAUCUACGCCUUGGCGACCGUGGUCAUCAUCGCAGCGACGUGCAUCGAUGCAAAUUCCCACCUUCCUGGCGUACGUCCACAUUCAAGACAACAGAAACAGGAGGUUUUCAAUGUCCGAAAUUUGAGCCUCCUACAGUCGCUCGAUCCAGUGACUGGGAUGAAAGUCGACCUACGGACAGGGCGAGCGGCUGCUUAUCUUGGUACAACAGUCUGGGAUACUCGAGCCUGGACACUACAAGAGAGGUUUCUGGCUGCCAGGUCGCUCGUCUUUACGGCCGAACAGGUGUUUUGGGAGUGUGAAGAGGCAUUCUGGUGCGAAGACAGCUUUCGGGAAUUCCCCCAUAUCUUGCCGGAUCCCCACAGGACGAGUCUUUGUCGAGGGGAACUCAACCUCUCGUGGAACUCGGACUAUAUCACGUUCGAUCACUAUUAUCGCGUCCUCCUAGGCGAAUAUUCAACACGGGCCUUGAAAUACGACAGUGACGCCCUGAAUGCCUUUUCGGGCAUCAUCCGUGCUUUUGAGAGGUCCAUGGGCCUGGAGUUCUUUUGGGGCAUGCCGUGCGCUUUUCUCGAGUCUGCCCUGUCUUGGGGCAAUCGCGCCCUCACACCCAGGCCGCAUCGUGGGGAUUCUACGUCGAAUGGCCAUCCCAAAAGCCCAGUAUUCUUCCCAAGCUGGUCGUGGGUUGGCUGGAAGAGUGACGGAUCUACGAAAAUCGACAAUCAAAACUUGACCAUGGCGCCAUUAGGGGUUGAAUUCUACCGACUGUCCGACGAUGGAAAGGCCAUGAAGCACCUCAAGCAGGUCGGGAGGUUCAGUGACAAGGUUGAUUUGCUCGCCGAGGGGUCUAGCAUCCCAGACCGUUCGUCUAGAGCCACAGAUGUGUCGCGUGAUUCCUUGCCCAGUCCCUCAAAUAAUACCCAAGUGAAUCUGUCAUCAGUCCUCUGCUUCUGGACCGCGUCGACCCACGUCACCAUCGCCUUUGAAGACCGCAGCAGCGCUUCCCUUGGCUCUAGAGACGGGGAGAGUUCGGCGGGGUGGGGCACGACAAUAUCUCAAGGAACGACAUACAUGGAAGCCGCCUGGUUCCACCCGCCCACGCUUGGGCCAGGCGAGACGAGGAAAACCGUCGAGGUCAUUGCCAUUGCGCAAAAUAGAGGUGACUGGGACGGUGGGCACAUCAACAACGGAGCCAUUGGAAUCAUGGUGAUUUCAUGGAAGGACGGGAUCGCGUCGCGCGAGGGAUUUGCCUGGAUUGCGAUCCUGGACUGGGCUGCGCUGAAAGAUCGCGUAUGGAAACUGAUCGUCCUAGGCUAG